AUGGUGGUGGGAGGCCGUGGCACAGUGGCGCCUCCUGCCUUAGUUUCUCGCUUUUCACCGGAUAUGGCGGAUUUUCACUAUGAUCCAGAAAAAAAUUAUGAUGAACAAACAUUGGAACAACAGCGUCAUAUUGAACAAGAGGUUGCCAGUACUCAGGCUCUUGUGAGUGAGCGUCUUUCACUCAACCAAUUAAUCAAAGACUAUUCUAUGGAAGAUAAUAUAUAUCAGCAAAAAAUACAGGAUCUCAGAUCUCGAUACAGAGAUAUCAGGAAAACCCGGGGUGAUGGAAACUGUUUUUAUAGAGCUUUUGGAUUUGCUUAUUUAGAAAGACUUUUACAUGAUAAAUCUGAUAUACCACGAUUCAAAGAAGUAGUUAAUCAAUCCAAGACUGAUUUGGUGGCUCUAGGAUAUCCUCAAUUCACACUGGAUGAUUUUUUUGACACGUUUCUUGAUGUCUUAUCUCGUGUGGAAAGCUCAUGCACACCAGAGGAGCUUUUUGAUACUUUCAAUGACCAAGGAGUUUCAGAUUAUCUGAUAGUGACUUGGAGAUUACUUGUAACAUGCUAUCUGCAACGGAAUGGAGAAUUCUUUGCCAAUUUUCUUGAAGGGCAUAGAGACAUUAAAGAAUUUUGUUGUCAGGAGGUGGAGCCAAUGAAUAAAGAGUGUGACCAUAUCCACAUCACGGCCUUGACCUCGGCAGUUGGGAUCCCUGUUCGAGUGGAAUACAUGGACCGUGGUGAAGGUGGCCUGGUCAACCAUCAUGACUUUCCGGAGUGUUCCAAACCGGCUAUCACACUUUUGUAUCGACCAGGACAUUAUGACAUCCUCUACUGA